AUGCAUGGAGCAUCGUGCACACUUCAAUUUCAACGCCUCUACGCAUGCGCCUUUUGGUUUGAGGCGAGUGUUCUCCACAUUGUUUUUCUUCUGAAGAGCCAACGGGACCCACCCGUAUCCCAACUUGAUGAGUUUGUUCCAAGCAGGACGUAA